GUGCAACAUACAAACAGAAAAUUUCUUUCUUGAUCCGGAAUUUGUUCUGGUAUGCAAAGCAGGACAUCCGCAUUGUUGUGUCUGGGGAUUUUAACAUUGAUAUCCUCAAACCGGAAAAUUUGAAAUUUGUUGAUUUUAUGAAUUAUGAAAGAGUACCUCAAGCUUGAUCUGCUUUCCAAUCCUUUGGGCGCACAUGCCUUGACCUUGUUUUUGGUAGAAAUGUUCUGACACAGUCACGAAGGUAUGUUUCGUAUUUUAGUUAUCAUCGGCCGAUUUUGACUUUGGUUGAUACACCAGCCUAAUAUAAAUUUCGCACCACAAUCAUUUGCAAAUACUACACGCUUUCCUAAACAACUUUGUCGGUUUCGCAUCCAUCAACAACGCUAGCACCUGCAGCAUCCACCGCGGCCUAUCACCCAUCUGGACAGAACAUCUCCCGGCUUCAGCCUUGCGACCAACGCCACCAUCCAACUCUAAUCGGUCCUUUUUAGGGCCACCAAUUUUCUCAUGAAAGAGUUCUUCUUGUUCAUCAUUCCCACCAAACACUACCACCCCGAAAUAACGCCCUUAGCUGAAUUCCAUCUCCCAUUCAUGAUCAUAUUCCGUAAAUCUAUUUAAAGAAUAUAGCUAAUUCUUCAAAUUAAUAUAUGGAAAACCCACAUGUCCACAUAUCUAAAUUUUACGUAAGUCUACGCCAUUCCGGUUAUGUCUGUGACAUAACUACUUUGACUUUUUUUAAAAACUGUAAUAUUCGGAAAUUACUAGUCACAACACGAGAUACGAGUGUUAGUAUUGAACUGGAAAAACAGCUCAAUGUUAGGGCGUACAGUUUGGGACCAUUUUCUAGAGAAGAUAUUCUUGAUUUUUGCAAAAAGUUUUGGGAAUUGAAUUUAAACCUACAGACGAAGCUCAACAAAAAACGAGUGAAAGAAUUUGUGAAUGCUGUUACUGAAACCUACAAUGUUUAUAGGUAUGAUUUCAUUAGUAUUCCUUUACAUACAGAGAUGAUUGCAAGGUGUAUCCAGGAAAAGUUUGAAUUAUUUUAUAAACACAAAGACGUUCGUUAUACACGUGUACCCGAUUAUACAUUAAACGGGUAUUCAUUGUUUAAGGACUUUAUAGAUAUAAAAUAUGAUGAUAUCUAUCUAAAGGAUAAAAACAAGAUCGAUCCAACAUUACCAAUAUGUUUGUUGGAUGGUGGAUUGAAGGAAUCGUUUUACAAUCGACACAAACGCCUUGCUUUGUGUGCCUUAUUUGACCGUGACAUUAUAGACUUAUUGUCACCGGAAACAUUUUACAAACUUCCUAAUGAUCUUAGAACAGUUCAACAUGGCAAGGAAAGAUGCGGUUUUGUGUGCAGAUUCGAGGACGAUAAGCCACAAUUUACUCAUUUAUCUUUUGCUGAAUUUUUUGUUGCUGAUGUUAUCUGGGAAAGGUUUAGGCUGAUUUCAAGCAGUCAAUUAAUGACACUCUUUGAAAAAGUUUUGAAAGGAUAUUUAAUCACAAACGAUAAGCAACAAAUAUGUAUAUUUCUACAAGGUUUUGCAAUGCAUGAACCGAACAACAUCAAAGAUUCGUCAGCAAAAGCACGUUUCCUCCUAAGGAAUUUAACUUUUGAAUCAGGAGAAAAAACCCACAACUGUAUGUUAAGUCUCAUAGAAAGUUGUUCAGCUGAAAAUUGUUCAGAAUUGUUGCAAGUUCUUGAUGGCUUGUCAGUAGGCGAGAAGAGAGCAAUUUUUACAUUGUCAGCUCAAGAAGGAUAUACAAACCUGCUCCGUGCUAUGAAUGGAAUGAUAGGCCAAGCCAUAAUGAAGAAACAAAAAUGUUACUUCGAACUUCUGUCACAAACAAAAGAAGACGAAAACAUGAAGACGGCAAAUAUACUAGUGAAUGAGCAUGGUUAUGGCAUCAAUUGGACUUUUGCAUGCAAUACAACAUGUUUCAGUGGUUUGAUGAAAUAUAAUUCUUAUGCAAUGAUUAAAUCUUUCCUUAACUCUGGUUUUAAAGAGUUUGUAAAUCCAUGUGGUAAGUUCUCGCUUCCUCUAUAUGAUGUAUUGAAAAGAACAGAUUCACCGCAAGAUUUAAUAGAGACGCUUCUUAAUGCUACAGAUUUAACUCUCAUUGAACAACACUUCUACCCAAAGAUCAGUUGGUUCUUACUAAGCCGAGAUCAAUCACUAACUGAAGCUUUUUUGCAAAAAGGCAUCGACAUGGUGCAAGUAUUUCUUGUAGAACAAGAGCGUGGUGUUUGGGAUGGUGCUUGGAGUGGUGAUUACUUCUAUUACCUACUAAGCCUUCGUUGGAUGAAUCAGAUGCAACUGUUUUUUGAAAAUGGGGUUGGUUUCCAUACGAAGUUGCUUGCAAAGGUCAAACAAAUUAAUUACAUUUUCAAUUCGAUUUUAUCUGCAUCUGAGACUGAUCAAAACUUGGCGAAUGUGUGUAUUAAUGCCCUUAUUAGGAGUAAAAAUGCAAAAAGUUUUCGUUUGGUGGUCAGAUCAACUUGUUUUGAUAAGACGUUAUACAUAAACAAUAGAGCAAUAGAUGUUGAUAAAUUUAUGUCCAGAACGAUAUUUAACAUAGAGACCAGUAACUUUGAGGAAAUUUUUGAGCUUUUAAAUUGCAAAGAUCUGCCUAAUGCAUCGCAGAAUUUCAAUAAUUUUAUUUCUGAGGUUCUAAACUCGAACGAAGAAGUUUUAUCAUUUAAAAUCAUUAAACAUAUUUGUCUUACUCAUUUUAUUGAUGCUAAAGAUUUGGGUGAACUUGUAAGUAAACUAUCCACAAUCGUUCCAAUGCUGGAAAAAUUACACUCACAUUAUCUUAAACUUUUUGAUGCCAUACAAACUCGACAGCAGAAUUAUGUUAAACAUGAACUGAUUUCUAUACAGAGUGAAAUGCAUCGCAAAACAAUCAUCAAUGGAAGGAGUGAAACCUUUGGCUCGCCAUUACUCUAUGUUGUAACAACCAAUGACACAACAAUGGCUGAACUUCUCCUUGACUAUGGGGCUAAUCCAAGCAUUGUUCUGUAUCACGAAAAAGAUCAGAAAUGUGACAAGUUCACGCAACUUUUCAAAAAAUAUAUGGAGUAUGACAAUAUUACUUCUGUACACGUUGCCGCAUGUUUGGGAAAUCUAGAUAUUAUCAAGUUGUUACACGCAAAAGGGGCCAAUAUUCAUCCCAAGACAUCGAUCACCCCGUUACAUUUGGCUGCUCGUGAAGGCCACAUCGAAAUCGUUCGAUAUUUGCUCAAUAACGACGCUGAAGCUGAUGCCAAAACAUUCAAUUAUAAUAGAUCGUCAAUUGCAAAGGACGAAGAAGGACGCACGCCUUUAGAACUUGCGCAACAGAAUGGCCGCACUGACGUUGUAACUCUUCUCAAGCGCUAUCAACCAUCACUAGCCAAUGGCUUCACAGAGCUUCAUCGUGCUGCCGCGUCCAACGAUUUGGACGAGCUACGGAUUUUGGUUCAAGCCGGUACAAUCGCUAUCAACUCGCGUACCACUUACAACGGGUACACCCCACUGCACGUGGGUGCCGAACAUGGUUACGCAGCGGUUGUUCUGUUUCUGUUGAAGAACAGAGCCGAUAAAAAUGCGAGAUCGCUCAAAGGGAAAACCCCCCUGGAAAUUGCUUUGGAAAAGAGACAUAACAAAGUAGCUGACACAAUCAACUUCUUCCAACUUUCAGAUUUUCAGCAAAGUUACAUUCCAGACUUCCGAAGAAUAAAGAAAGAAGAAGAAAUAUAUCUACAGAAAAAUGGAGAUCACUCAUGUGGUUGAAUUGCAUAGUUCGACGGCAACAUUUCAAAAGGCAUCAUGUACAUUUUGACACUUUCUGGGUUAUUGGAUAUUCUGAAAGUACUCCUUAUAAGCUACCUCACCAUCAAACAUGAGCAAAAGUUACUUCAGUAAAGUCUGUUUAAUAAUGAUUUUAAAUAAAGUAACAUAAACAAAAUCUCUGCCAUCAGCAGCGUCUGUUUAUAUAGCCCUGUCAACCUGUCAAAUAAAAGACUACAUUCUCGGGUGAGUCUUCAAAAAGCCGUAAGAGCCACCGCGACCUCUGACACUAAUUUUCGUUUUUCUCAAAAAUGAAACAAAAUUUCAUUUAUUUUAAGUUUGGGGCACUUGAAUGGACGUGUAGAUGAACAAUCUCGAGCAUUUUUGAUACUGGUUUUUCGUAAUAGGUCGAAUACCGAUGCAAAAAGGACUUUGUUUACCAAUGGCUCUUACGGCUUUUUGAAAACUAAUCCGAGACAUGAACCUCGUGACGAAAAAAAGCAUCAUAAAAAAGCGCCAUGUACAUUCGGCGAAGAAAAACGAACCAUAACAAAGCGUCCCCCUCAAUGACAGCAGGGUGAUAUAGACGUUGGUGAUUUCAAAAAAAGUUAUGUUUGUUUUUCUUAAAUAUAAUGACGGAAAUAAUGUUUUAUUGAAUAUGGAUGAUCAAAUAUCAAUAAAAGCAACGUUUUUCAUCGUUUGUUAUCAUUAAAACAUCUUCUUUUGCUUUUAUAUUAAGAUGGGAAUUGAAAAAUGAUGCCCCCUAUUCAAAUGCGUUUUUCUCAUAACGCACUGUUUGUACAUGAUGCUUUUUGAAAUGUUGGCGUCGAGUUUUUAGGUUCGGAAUUAAUCGUGAAAAAGGAUGUUUGCUUUUAUCUCACAGUUUCUUUAUCAUGAUGAUCAUGAUCGUUAUGUUUGAUCCGUUCGAAAAAAAAAUCAUGGACAUUUUUUAAAUAUUUGCACCACUCUCCAAGUAAAUAUUAUUCAAAAAAGACUCUAAAUACCUCCCCCUUCACAGCCCAAGUGUUGACCGAACGCCAUCAAUUAGCACCUUUUCCGUUUCGUCCACUCCGUCCACAGACCCUUAAUUUAGUCACAAUUCGAUGCCCUGACCCGAGGGAUAAAUUUCAAUAAAUUUCCCUAAAUACUCAACGAACGCUCGCUCACCUAAUGAUACAGUUAACCUUCUUCCGGGCAACGAGUUUUUUUUUCUUUUUUUCAAAAACCACCUUUUUUUCGAAUGGCAUCGAUGAGGGUAUCGAAUAUCCCGCCGAGUUCAAACGAUGAUAAUAGUAAUGAGUUAUUUGCUUGGUGCCCUUUAAACUGGCAGAUUUUUUUUUGUGAGAGGACCCUUUAAAUUUUCAAAAAAAAAGAA